AUGGCGACCGUGUGGCGUUCACAGUGUGCGUUUGCACGAUUUUUUAUUGGAAAAAUCGUCCGGAUCCCGAACAACUCUUCUGAUUUGGGUGCAAAACUCUCCUCGGGACCACUAGCGAUUGCGUGUGGAUCGAGGAAUUAUUCCAACUAUGCUCAUUCUCCAUUUGUUCGUAAAGUCAAGGAACAAUAUGACUAUGAGCGGCAUGAAGCGCGUUUCCCCCAACCGUCACCAGUAGCGCUGGCGUCGGCGGAAGGUUUUAUCUACGUAGCUAUA